CCCGGCCCGGCCCGGCCCCGCCCCGCCCCGGGUUCGUCCGGAUCGUUGGUUCGGAAAGAACGGAGCAGCGAGGGAGAGGGAGAGGGAGAGAGAGAGAGAGAGAGAGAGCAGGCGCGCGCGACAGGAGACGGAAGGGAAAUUGCAGUGGCAUGGCAAUUGCGCAAUUGGGCGAUUGGGCAAUUGGGCGCUGUUAAUGUUUGAGGUCCAGGAUAAGAGAAAGUGAGGGCGGAGGGGGGAGGGAGGGAGGAGCGCAUGGGCGACUACUGAAUGAUCAAUUUGGACUCAUCAAUUGCAAUGGCACAAGGAAUUAUGGGUCGGAAUUUUUGUUGAGCAAAAUCAAUUUGAAGAGGAGGAGGAGGAGGAAAGGAGGAGGAGAGAGGGUGCGGUGGGAGUGAGUCACAGGGACGGACUGAGUUGUGGUGAGGACGAGGUACAAGCCGAAGCUUGGAACGAUAGAUUGAUUGAUUGCUUGCUUGCUUGCUUGCUUGAUUGAGUGAGUGAGUGAGUGGGUUUGUCCGUGCGUGGUCGACGUGUGCGGAAGCGAGGAAGGGAGCGGAAAGCAAGAAAGAAAGAUAUUGCCGGGAGGGAGGGAGGGAGGGAGGAAGGAAGGAAGGGAGGGUGGAAACAAGGGGGCGAGUAACGCUGGCAGUAGCUCUACGUAUUGUGGAUCGGUAGAUCAGAAGGAGGAGGAGGAGGAGGAAGAGGAGGAGGGUGGUUUUGGUGGUGGCCAUGGCUAAAGCAGGGACUUUGCAUGUGACACUCGUUUCUGCGACGCUCUUGCCUUCUACCACACAGGGUGGAUCCGAAGCGGAUCCUGCUGACUCGUAUGCCACCUUGAUAUGUGGCAAACAACAAUUUACAACAAGAACUGCAAAAGAUCAAGGUUCAUUACCAACAUGGAACGAGACACAUUCGUUUGAGAUUGAAGAUCGUCACGAUUCGGGACUAGAGGACCUUGUUAUCGAGAUCUUCGCAGCCAGGCAUGAGCUGAAUGAACUUCUAGGCGUAGCCAAGCUACCCCUUUGUAAGAUAAUUCCAGCGAACGAGGAGACGUCAUUACACUCAUUGAGCCGACCUCAUGAAGGAGAAUGCGGACAAGUUAAGGUCACUCUGAAGUGGGAGUCGCGGGUUACAACAACAACACAAUCAGCUGCUAUGUAUGGUGUAUAUGAACAAAUUCAACCUUCUGCUCCAAUGUAUCCACCUGCAACCACGCAACCGUCUGCUCCUGUAUACCCAUACAGGGCUUCUCAAGAAUCUUAUUAUGGACAACAACGUUAUGGAGAUACACAUACACCGGCUGAUGCUGCCGCCAGUGCUUUAGCGGGCUUGGCCCUGAAUAAGGACAAGCAACUUGGCAAUGAGUCUCAUGAAACUUCUAAUCAAGAUGGACCAGUAUCGGCUUCGAAUUUUGUCCAUCAGUAUACUGAGCAUCAGUCGUCACAUCCAGUUUAUCCACCCGUUCCCGAAAAGAGGGAGAGUAACUCAAACCAGCAUUCAGAAUUGAGUAGUUAUGAAAAUGAUUCUGGCAGUUAUCCUCCAUACUCUACACAAACAUCUAGCCCUUACCCGCCACAAGGGCUUCCUUAUCUAGCUUCGCCUAUCGGAGGUGUUGUGACCGGAGUCCCUUAUGACUACACCCAUCCUCCAUCCGAAGUACCAUCCAAGUUCAAGGAGUCAGAGUCAGUUGCUCAGCAAUAUGGACUGCCUGCAACUGCCUACCCUGAGAGCUAUCAUCAUAUUCCACCUUCUCCUCCUGCAUAUCCCCCAGCAGCAGGUGUAGAGCUAGCUGAGAAGAAGAAAGAAAAGGCUAGUAAACAGUCGUUUGGAACGCCUUACUACUCUGAACCCCCUGUCUCGCAGUCAGAAACCUAUGGCCAUAAUAUCCACGGAUAUGCAUCCAACACAGGAAGUCAGCCUUAUCCUGGCUUGUCCCAGUAUGGAGCACCUUUGCCAGGUCAUUCAGAUACUUAUCCUCCUGCAGUUCCUUCCUAUCCUCCUAGUGCCGAUUUCUCUAACAAGGCACAAAAUACUACACAUCAGGAAUCGGGUUCAAUUCCUGCUCAGUUUGGUGCAGCAUCUCAUGCAGGAGCCUAUCCACCUGAACCGAAUGUUGCGUAUCCUCCUGCUCCAUCUUUUCCAUCGUCGGGUCAGUUCGAACAUGCUGCACCAAUUGCCGGAUAUCCCGGCCGAGUGGGUGCUGAACAGGGGAAAGACAAAUUGAAGGUAGGCAUGAAUGGUCCCAACCAGGGUAGCAAGGAAGGAGAAACUCAAGAGAAAGGUUUUCAUGGUCAUGAAUAUGGUUAUCCCCCCCAACCUUAUUAUCCUCCUGCGGGUUAUCCCCAGUAUGGGUAUGCACCUCAAAAUCAUGCUGACGGAUAUCCAUCGCACCCCCUUGGUUACCCAUCGCACUACACUCCUCCAUACGGUGCACCAGGAUACGGUGGAAUGUAUCCUCAGUACGGUACAGUCAAUCCCCAUUUUGUUCCACCAACGUACCACGGCCAUCAAAUGCCUUACGGAGUUGCUCCAGGUCAUCAACUGCAACAUGGUCAUUAUAAUCACCAUCAUGGUGGACAUGGAGGGCAUGGAGGGCACAAGGGACAUAAAGAUGCCCACGGUUAUGGUCAUCACGGUUAUGAAGGGCACAAGGGAGGUCAUGGUUACGGUGGGCACAAGGGUCAUGGUGGGUAUGGUUAUGAAUAUCCUCCUCAAUAUGGACAUCAUGGUGGUCAUCACUCACACCACAAGCAUUAGUGGCUUUAGAUUUAUUCAGGUGAUAGUGUAUCGAAAAGAAGACGAAUGAGAACGAAAAAAACAUAAGAAUAGGCAGGUAGUGUGACGUAUAUACCAAGGGCGAUGGUCACAUGACCGUCUCAUAGCUGACUGCAAAAGCAUUAGAUUGCGUGAUACAAAGCCAGGAUGGUUGUACCCAGAUGUCGAAUUCUUCUGGUAUUGUAAUGGAUGUAGUUAAAUCAUUCUUUCAGGUUUACGGCUCAAAAGUUUUUGACAAGGAUGUGGAGAGCACUCAUCUCCUUCUCGAAACGUUAGGUUUGAGGAUCCUUGUCAUUUUACACGUGUUGUGUUCUUGUAUUCAGUUCAUAAGAUCAGCCUCAUUCCUAUAUAUUAGGAGGCUGCCGAUUAGCGACUCUGUAUAGACUCAGAAAUCAAUACAUAUCUGGAUACAACCAGGCAUGAUUUUGAUAAUCACUUUCUCCUCCAUUGAAGUGAACGUUUUGC